AUGGGUCCAGAAGGAAAGAUAAUACCAAUAGGGCAGGUUGAUGGAGAUGCAAUAAGAGACCAGGACAAGGUUAUGCUUCUUGGCCAGGAUGAUGGCUACUUUCGGGACAAGAACAUGAGGGUGACCGUUGUGUACAACCAUUUUGGACCCAACUGCAACCAAAGAAUGCCAAGGAUUCGCUAUGGAUAUGCACAUGUCGUGAAUAAUCUUUACAGAGAAUGGUCGCAGUAUGCCAUUGGGGGAAGCAUGAACCCUAGUGUUAAGAGUGAAGCCAACCUCUUCAUUGCACCAAAAUCGGGAAACAAGAAAGAGAUCACUUGGAGGAAGGACAGCAUUGGAGACAAAGAAUCCUGGAAGUUUUGCUCUGUAGGAGAUAUCUUCGAAAAUGGGGCUUCUUUCGUCGAAACAGGUGCCGGAAGAGCAAAGCCAAACUAUAACGGAGAACAAACUUUCCCAGUUGUUAAUGCCAAAUAUGUCCGCUCAUUGACAAGGUCAUUUGGUGUUUUGAUAUGCAUCAAAAGAUCCAGAUGCUAA